UUACGCCAACGGAAUUAUUUGUUUAGUAAACAUGGAAAAGUAGAACUUUAUAUGCGCAUAGAAAAGUGCAUUUAAAUAUUAUGCGUAGUACAAUCAAACAAAAUCUCAUUUGCAUAAAUCGAUAAAUUAUCACUAAUCUGCGUAUUAGUUAUAUAAACCGUACAAAAGGUUGGUGAUUAUAGAUAUUCGGAGUAGAAGUUCUCCUUCUCAAUAUAGAAUUUGUGAAAACGGACCAAAGAUCGUCAUCUCAGCACACUAUUCCACAUUUUAGGAGAAACAUGUUUCAUUGGAAGCUAUAAACUGUAUAGUCCAUGAAAGGAUUCAGCAUUAUUUUGCCAUUAAAAUUUUAAUCAAGGGGGCUCCUCUGUAAUGCGAUACGACAGAGAAAUGCGAUGCGAUAGGCAGUCACCCCCGAAUCAUUUGUUUUCGCAUCGCAUUACAGAGUAACCUCCCAGGUUUCAUCAGUCUACCCUAUCAAGGUAGGCUAGAUUUUGGAAUUUCUGGGCAAGGACUGCAUGCUUUAAGGGAAGGUUUAAUACAGGGGUUUUUUUUUCAUCAACCAUGUAUCUUUCCAAAUCUAUCCGUUAGUUACACUCUUGAAAAAGGAUCGGCAAUAAUGGUAAAUUAUAAAAUGCAGUUUCAAGCGAAUUUAAAUGUUGUAUGUAUAAAAAUUAACCAAAUAUCUUUUGUGAAAUAAUGCAGGAGUGACCGCAUUCCGAUUACGUAGACCCGACUGCCGUGGGACGAAUUCUAGCUAGACCGUACAAAUAAGACGAGCAUGGUCCCAUCUACAUAGACAGGCUAUGUAGAACAAAACAGCUUCAGUUGAGACGUCGCGCUGAGAGUUGAAAUGAAUUAAAGAUAAACAACUUUAACAAUAAAGAGUUCAGCAAAUGAAGUGCACGAAAAAAAAACUAAUAAUAAAAAAAGCAAAAACAACAAUAAUUUUUUUUUUUUCAAACAAUAAGCAAACAGCAGCAACUGCUGCGUUUCAGCCGGGUGAAGAGCAACGGCAUUCUCUACGGCAUACCGUUUGAAGCUUGUGUGGGUAGCAUUCGCUUUUGUGCCGGGUUAACGUAAAAAUAUCAAUUAGUUAUCACGAGACGAGGAAAAAACCAGUGCGGUCAAAUCAUGGAACAGUGGAAUAAUGUGGAAUUGACCAGUUUAAGGAAAAAAUCCUAUACGUUGAAUCAUGAAUAUGAUUUAGCUAAUAAAUGUAUCGUUGCGAAUAAUAAUAGUGAAGCGCCAGCGACUACCAAUAACAAUACCAAUGGCGAUGAGGACUCUAAUAAUGCGAAUCAAAAUAAUAUACUACAACCAGGAUCAAAUAUUAAGCCGAAAGUAACAUCAGAGGAUGUGGAAUCGUUAGUGCGACGACUGUACGGCAUCACAAUAAAUGAAAUUAAAGAAUUAAUAUCAUAUGAUGAUCGCAAUUAUCUAAUACAACCAGAUUGGAAUAUAAAAAAUCCAAUUAUCACCACCCAAUGGCCGCAUGGAUAUAUUUUGAAAAUUCUAAAUGCGCUUGACUCGAAAAAGCCAGACUUCGUCGAUGCUCAAAAUGAGCUAAUGCUUUAUUUAGCCAAAGAAGGCAUAAUUUGCCCAAGACCAAUAGAAAAUGUUAAUGGAAAAUACUUUUCUGUGGAGAACAUAAAUGGCGCUGAACACGUUGUUCGUUUGCUGGAGUUUGUGCCAGGCCAAAUGUUUCAUGAAGUGGAAAAAUCCAAUUAUCUGCUUUACAAGAGUGGCGAAUUCAUAGCCAAAGUCGACAGAACGUUGCAGAACUUCCAACAUGAAGUCUACGAUACACACAAAACUCUCUGGAUGUUGGAGUCGGUGCCACGGUUGCGCGAGUUCCUUUACGUCUUACAGGAUAUCUCGCGCAAAGCUAUUGUCGAGGAGAUCAUUGAUGCAUUCGAAAAGAAUGUGCUGACACAAUUGGAUAAGCUUGAAAAGCAAAUAAUACACGGUGAUUACAAUGAACAAAAUAUCAUAGUUGAGCAAUCGAAAACGUCCGCCGAUGGCGAAUAUAAAGUGAAAGGCAUCAUUGAUUUCGGUGAUACCAACAAGUCGCCAAUAAUCUUCGAAAUAGGUGUUGCGCUAACUUAUAUGAUACUACAAGCCAAGUCGCUAGAAAGUGGUGGCUACUUUAUUGCCGGUUAUACCGAUAUACGACCGAUUAGCACGGAGGAGCGUUCGCUGUUGAAGUAUUGCGUAGCAGCACGUUUGGCGCAGAGUCUUGUUAUGGGCGCAUAUACACAUUCGCUGGACCAAUCUAACGAAUAUGUAUUGGUAACGCAAGAAGAAGGUUGGAAGAUGAUUGUGGAUUUGUGGCGUAAUAAAUUUAACGAGGUCGAAGAAUUGUGGCAGACAACAGCCGAUAAAUAUCUGACCCAAAGUGUUAAAUAAAUUUGGCACUAGCUGAUGAGUAUUAGAUGUUGCAGAAGAUGCGGGCCAAAUUCUAAAUGAGAAAUUAUAAAAAGUAUUUAAAAGUCAAUUUCUUGUUGGAAAAAGUCAAUUUUAAAGUCAAUUUGUAAUUCAAGUAUUGUGUAUGUUAAUUGUUAAUUGUUCUAUUGUGUAUUUAAAAGCGAGUCAAUCCAUAUUAAACAAAAAAUAAAAACUUAUUUAUAACUUUAAGAUCGAA